CCGCCAGCCCGAGCCGCCGUUCACAACAGAAUGACUGACAGCAUCUCUGCUAUCGUGGAGCAGCGAUUGAUCUCGUCUUGGUCGGGUCUGAAUCCAGCCAGCUGGCUCUCGCCCUUUUUCAGCGGAACUUUUGGCCACAGAUUUCCAACAAAGCAAUCCCAGCCCAGCUCGACUAGCAGCCCCGAUGAAAGCAUUAUCGAUCUGGACAAGGCCUUUGUUGGCUCUGGCCCGGGGCCCCGUCGAGGGGACUCUCCUUCAGCCGGACGGGUUCCUGAGGUGUUCGUGAACGGCAGAAAGUCGGGUGCCGGACUAGUCCGUUGUUCUGGUGAAUGCUAAAUGUGACGAGUGUCGUGAAUGUGUUGAUUGCAGGUCCCAACUGAGAUCAAAAACACCACUUCUGCACCUUGAAUCCUUCUUCCUCUUCCUCCACACCACGCUUCUCCGAUCAAAGCAAUCUCACCAGCACAUCCUACGAUCGAGCCUAUCAAGACACCCUCAUCACUCUCUCAACCAAGCGCACGUCGACAAUGAUGUCGAACAACAACAACAACGCCACCAACGGCCCGCCUCGCCCUUCGUCCCCAUUCCAGCAGCCGAACGCCCGUGGCAGGGGCAACUGCAAAGCUCAACAAGUCCGUCCACGCAUGGAUCGCUUAGUCCCAGGAGAACCAGUCGGCUUCGACGGCGAAUUCCAGAUCGUGUUAAGGGAGGGAGCCGUGAAGUGGAAGCAGCGCCUCGCGUGGGUCGCCGUGGUCAACACCAAGGGAGAGAGUAUCUUGGACACCUUUGUGGUGUACGACAACGAGGAGGGCGCGGAGAAGAGAAGAGGACUCCCGGAAUUCGGUGUAGGCAAGAAGGACCUCCUCUUCAAGAACGGUGCGGUACAUGCAAGUACCGUCGAGAAGUGGCUGGCGGAGAUCUUCAAGGAUCGUCCGGUAGUCAUGCGCGACCAAAGUGGGGAUACAGCCGCCUUCGAAUACGAAACCCCUUUCGUCCACGCUACCAUCCAGGACACGCAGCUCUUGUAUUCCGAUCGUGGCGAGCGUCGAUCCCUGAAGGACGUUGCCAGUGAGGUCCUCCAACGCACAAUUCAGGUGGGAGGCGUGCACACUCCAACCGAAGAUGCAGCUACUACGAUGGAGCUCUACCUCCUCAAGCGCCCGUACGACCGCGCGGCAGAGAAGGCGAAGCUUGAGGCGAAUGGCCUGCCGACAACAUCAGCCCAUACCCGCAACGGCGACCGUGGUCGACACAACCAUAGAUCGCGUGGUGGUCGUGGCAUGGGCAAUGGUCGCGGGGCCCUCCAAGAGCGUGCCCCGAAUGCGACUGCAACUAGAGGCGAGCAAGACUGGGCCGGCGAGGCUUUCGUUCGUCCGGCCAGGGGAGGGCAGCGGCGUGGUCGCGGUCGCGGAGGGAAGAAGAACGAGCUGGAAGAAUAA